CUUCCCACCCUCCCUAUGGAGAAGCCAGCUGCCUCAAUGGAACCCCAAGGGCCUCGGCCUGCCUUGGGCCGCGAAAGUGUCCAGGUGCCCGAUGACCAGGACUUCCGCAGCUUCUGGUCAGAGUGUGAGGCCGAAGUGGGCUGGAACCUGACCUACAGCAAGGCCGGCGUGUCUGUGUGGGUGCAGGCUGUGGAGAUGGAUCGGACUCUGCACAAGAUCAAGUGCAGGAUGGAGUGCUGCGACUUGCCAGGAGACGUCCUGCACGACAUAGAAUACCGGAAGAAGUGGAACAGCAAUGUCAUUGAGACUUUCGACAUCGCCCGCCUGACUGUCAACGCCGAUGUCGGAUAUUACUCUUGGAGGUGUCCCAAGCCUCUGAAGAACCGUGAUGUCAUCACCCUCCGUUCCUGGCUCCCCAUGGGCACUGAUUACAUCAUUAUGAACUACUCAGUGAAGCAUCCUAAAUACCCACCUAGGAAAGACUUGGUCCGAGCCGUUUCCAUCCAGACGGGCUACCUCAUCCAGAGCACGGGGCCCAAGAGCUGUGUUAGUAUCUAUCUGGCCCACGUGGAUCCCAAAGGCUCCUUACCCAAGUGGGUGGUGAAUAAAUCAUCUCAGUUCCUGGCUCCCAAGACCAUGAGGAAGAUGUACAAGGCCUGUAUCAAGUAUCCCGAGUGGAAGCAGAAACACCAGCCACACUUCAAGCCAUGGCUGCACCCAGAGCAGAGCCUGCUGCCCAGCCUGGCGCUGUCAGAGCUGUCCGUGCAGCAUGCGGACUCCCUGGAGAACAUCGAUGAGAGUGCUGUGGCAGAGAGCCGCGAGGAGCUGCCAGCAGGUGGUGCAGGUGGAGAAGGCAGUGAUGACGACACCUCACUCACCUGA